AUGGCUUCUACGAACCUCGCAUGGCGCCAGGUCAGCCCUGGCGUGUGGAGCCGCUCCAUCGAUGAGAUCGAGAAGUUCUACGCUACCAUGGUGGUUCUUUACGAGGCUAGUGGCCGCAUGUUCUUUGGCAUGACUGGCCAUGUCUCUCUGUCUAUCAAAAUACCCGAGAGCGCUUCGCAAGAGCAAGCUGAAGGCGCCGUCGACAAGGCCUUGAGAAAGGCAUGGCUUGCUCUAAGAUAUGCUCACCCCACUCUCGCUGCCAAAGUCACUGAGAAUGUCGAAACAGGCGAAUGGACAAAGACCUACCGUCAGUUUGAGAGCGAAGCGGACAAAGAUGCUUGGCUUGAGGAAACUCUUGUUCACAUCUCGACCGGUCAAACUGGCAACGAAUGGGCUAACUCCGAUCCUCCCGCUCCCAAGGUCCCAACCAUGUUUGUCUUGGACCUUCCUACUGACGGGACUUCAACUGUUCGACGCGAUCUCGUUUUUCGCUCGCCUCACGACGUCAUCGAUGGAAUUGGAACGCUGAUGAUGCUCAACAACUUCAUAACUCACGCUGCCGAGGCUUAUGAGAAGGGUAACUCUUUUGAUAUUCCCGUCUUUGAUGGCUCCGAGACUGCCAACCUCAGUCCCUCGUAUCGACUGGCUGCUCAAGUUCCCCCCGAGCUGACUGAAGACCAGAAGAAGAGGGUUGAGGACAUUACUGCUCAGAAAGCAGCUGUCGCUUCUGAUCCAAGCGUUGAACACCUCGCUCUUCCCUUCAACGGCGGCCCUUUGCUGCCUGGUCGUCAUCAACGUCUUGCUCUCACUUUCUCUCAAGAGCAGACGAAGCGUCUUAUCUCCGCUUGCAAGACUGCUGGAGCUACUCCGACACACGUAUUCCACGCUGCUGCUGCCAUGGUCAUGCGAGACGUCCAGGAGCCGCCCUCAGAGACGAAGCGUGUCCGAUAUAUUAACUACAUUCUGCGCAAUGAGCGAGAUAAAUGUACUGAGCCAUACAACACCGCUGUUCAUUCGGCAUCCGUCUAUCACUCUGUCUCGGGUCAGAGCCUGAUUGUUGACAUGGACUUGCCUGCGGCCGGUACCAAGAUCGAUCCCAAGCAACGCCGGGAGGAGUUCCUCUCUGUUCUAGAGAAUAUGAAGGACUUUUACCACACUGUUAAGGAAGACAAGGAGCACUACAUCCUCACGCCUACCUUGUGGACUCUGGGCACGCCAAAACUUCCUCCUUCUCCUCGACCUCUCCCUGUGCCCCCUCCCAAUGCUCACCCAUCCGUUUCUAUCUCAAGCAUGGGCCGCACCGAUGCCAUUGUUGCUCCAGAGAACGGUGCCUUCAGCACUCGCGACCCUUGGGUGACUGGCGAGGAGCUUGGAAAUGGGCUGGGACUGUUCCUUGGCACUUCUCGUGGAGAGUUGUGCUUGAGUGCUGCGUAUAACGACGCUUGGCAUACAGCGGAUGAGGUACAGAAGUAUUUGGAUCGCUGCAAGGAGCUAGUUGACUGGGGCUUGAGUAUCGACACUGUUUAG